CGAGGCCCCGGCUUCUGCGCGCCGGCCCUGGCGGGGCCCAGAGGACGCCGCUCGGAGGUGAAGGAGAUGCUUGUGGACGACGCUGUGAAGAGUGCUGCUGAGAAGUGAGGAGGAAGCACACCCAUCGGAGCGUCCCAGGAGCUGUGUCUGAGGAUGGUGUUCACCCUCAGCGAAGAUGAAACCCAGACAACCAACCUUUACCUGUGUGUUUGUCACAGUGUGUGAUAGCCAGGAGGGGCGUUCACCACGCCGUUGCUUAUGACUGUGUCUCGUCUCUGUGGAUAUGAGUGAUCCAAGGCCACCACAGGGAGAGAAGCACAAGUUUGGCAGAGCCGCCUCCAAAUUCAAGGAACCUUCUAGAACCAUGCAGUCUGAUGACUAUUUUGCUCGGAAAUUUAAAGCCGUCAAUGGUGGCAUGGGACCCGCUCCUUUAAACACCUCCAGUCCCAGUGAGGGCAGCGGAGGUGGUGGCGGACCAGCCAAUGGUACCCCAGCGGUGCCCAAGAUGGGAGUGAGGGCCCGAGUGUCAGAGUGGCCUCCUAAGAAGGACUGCUCCAAGGACCUGGCCUGUAAGACGCUGUGGGAGAGCCGUUCUCAGUCGAGCUACGAGAGUGUGGCCUCCAUCAUCCAGAAUGGCCAGAACGACCAGGGCGACAGGGAGCAGGAGGAGCAGCUAGACCUGGACUUUGUGGAGGCCAAGUACACCAUCGGGGACAUCUUUGUCCAUUCUCCCCAGAGGGGGCUCCACCCCAUCCGUCAGAGGAGUAACAGCGACGUUACCAUCAGCGACAUCGAUGCCGAGGACAUCAUGGACCAGCGCGCCGUGAACCCCAACACGGGGGCCGCGCUGCACCGGGAGUACGGGAGCACCUCCUCCAUAGACAGGCAGGGGCUGUCCGGAGAGGGCGUCCUCGCUGUGCUCCGAGGGUACCGCCUAGAGAGCUACGACCCGAAGCUGACUAGCUCCUUCGGCUGCCCGGAUUACUUUCCCUGUGACACCGCCAUCUCCCCCAGCCUCCAUGCUGCCACCCAGAUUUCCCGGGGAGAGUUCGUGCGCAUCUCAGGGCUGGACUACAGAGACAGCGGCCUCCUGAUGGGGAGGGGCCGGGACAAGCCCUUCAAGCGCAGGUUGAAGUCAGAGUCCGUAGAAACGUCGCUCUUCCGGAAGCUUCGGACGGUAAAGAGCGAGCACGAGACCUUCAAGUUCACGUCCGACCUGGAGGAGGGCCACCGGGACCGGGGCGUCCGCCCUUGGCGGUGCCAGAGGUGCUUUGCCCAUUACGACGUGCAGAGCAUCCUGUUCAACAUCAACGAGGCCAUGGCCACGAGGGCCAGCGUGGGGAAGCGGAAGAACAUCACCACCGGGGCCUCAGCUGCGUCCCAGGCCCCGGUGCCCGCGGGCCCAGCCACAGGCUGCGAGUCCCCGCUGGGCAGCAAGGAGGACCUCAACUCCAAGGAGAACCCGGAUGCUGACGAGGGCGACGGCAAAAGCAACGAGCUGGUCCUCAGCUGCCCAUACUUCCGCAACGAGACCGGCGGGGAGGGCGACCGGCGCAUCGCGCUGUCCCGGGCCAGCUCGGCUGCGCUCGGCGCUGGGGAGAGCUGCUCCUUUGAGUCCUCCCUCAGCUCACACUGCACCAACGCUGGCGUCUCCGUCCUGGAGGUGCCUCGGGAGAACCAGCCCAUCCACAGGGAGAAAGUCAAGCGCUACAUCAUAGAGCACGUUGACCUUGGGGCCUACUACUACCGCAAAUUCUUCUACGGCAAAGAGCACCAGAACUACUUUGGAAUAGAUGAAAACCUUGGCCCUGUGGCAGUCAGCAUUCGGCGGGAGAAAGUAGAAGACCCCAGGGAGAAGGAAGGGUCCCAGUUCAACUACAGGGUGGCCUUCAGGACCAGUGAGCUCACAACCCUUCGAGGAGCAAUCCUAGAAGAUGCGGUCCCCUCCACAGCCCGGCACGGCACUGCCCGGGGCCUGCCCCUCAAGGAAGUCCUGGAGUAUGUGGUCCCGGAGCUGAGCAUCCAGUGCCUGCGGCAGGCAGCCAACUCACCCAAGGUCCCAGAGCAGCUGCUCAAGCUGGAUGAGCAAGGGCUGAGCUUCCAGCACAAAAUUGGGAUCCUGUACUGCAGAGCCGGGCAGAGCUCCGAGGAGGAAAUGUACAACAACGAGACCGCGGGGCCCGCCUUCGAGGAGUUCCUGGACCUCCUCGGCCAGAGAGUGCGGCUGAAAGGCUUCAGCAAGUACCGGGCUCAGCUGGACAACAAGACGGAUUCUACAGGGACUCACUCCCUCUACACCACAUACAAAGACUUUGAACUCAUGUUCCACGUGUCCACGCUGCUUCCAUAUAUGCCGAACAACAGGCAGCAGCUUCUGAGGAAGAGGCACAUCGGGAACGACAUCGUCACCAUCGUCUUCCAGGAGCCAGGCGCCCUCCCGUUCACGCCCAAGAACAUCCGCUCGCACUUUCAGCACGUCUUCGUCAUAGUGAAGGUGCACAGCCCCUGCACGGGAACCGUGUGCUACAGCGUUGGAGUCUCCAGGUCAAAAGACGUCCCUCCCUUCGGUCCCCCAAUCCCCAAAGGUGUAACUUUUCCAAAGUCAGCCGUGUUCAGGGACUUCCUUUUAGCCAAGGUAAUCAAUGCAGAAAAUGCAGCCCAUAAGUCAGAAAAGUUCAGGGCCAUGGCCACUCGGACCCGGCAAGAGUACUUGAAGGACCUGGCCGAGAACUUUGUCACUACUGCCACGGUGGACACUUCUGCGAAGUUCAGCUUCAUCACACUGGGUGCAAAGAAGAAAGAGCGCGUGAAGCCAAGGAAGGACGCGCACCUGUUCAGCACCGGGGCCAUCAUGUGGCAUGUGGUGGCCCGGGACUUCGGCCAGUCGGCUGACAUCGAGUGUCUGCUGGGGGUCUCCAAUGAGUUCCUCAUGUUGAUAGAGAAGGACUCCAAGAACGUGGUGUUCAAUUGCUCCUGCCGGGACGUGAUUGGCUGGACUUCGGGGCUAGUGAGCAUCAAAGUCUUCUACGAGCGGGGGGAGUGUAUCCUGCUGACCUCGGUGGACAACUGUUCUGAAGACAUCCGAGAGAUAGUGCAGCGGCUCAUGAUCGUGACGAGAGGCUGCGAGACUGUGGAGAUGACGCUGAGGAGGAACGGACUGGGCCAGCUGGGCUUCCACGUGAACUUUGAGGGGAUCGUGGCUGAUGUGGAGCCCUUCGGCUUUGCCUGGAAGGCAGGCCUCCGCCAGGGGAGCCGGCUAGUGGAGGUGUGCAAGGUGGCUGUGGCCACGCUGAGCCACGAACAGAUGAUCGACCUGCUUCGAACGUCUGUGACCGUCAAGGUGGUCAUCAUCCAGCCGCACGAGGACGGCUCUCCCCGAAGGGGUUGCUCUGAGCUCUGCCGGAUCCCCAUGGUGGAGUAUAAGCUGGACAGUGAGGGCACACCCUGCGAGUACAAGACACCUUUCAGGAGGAACACCACUUGGCACCGUGUGCCCACCCCUGCCCUGCAGCCAGUUUCCAGAGCAUCGCCUGUGCCAGGCACUCCUGACCGCCUACAGUGCCAGCCGCUGCUCCCGCAGACCCAGGCCGCCAUCCCCCGGAGCACUUCCUUCGAUAGGAAGCUGCCAGAUGGCACCAGGAGCUCGCCUAGCAACCACUCCUCCUCCAGCGACCCGGGCCCCGGUGGCAGUGGACCCUGGAGACCGCAAGUGGGCUACGAUGGAUGCCCCUCCCCUCUCCGGCUCGAGCACCAGGGCCCGGGCUCCGUGGAGUGUGACGGAGCCAGGGAGCACGAGGACAUCAUAGACGGAGGCAGGCUUCCAGACACCAAAUGGCAUGGCCCACCUUCCAAAGUCCUGAGCUCCUAUAAGGAACGAGGCCUGCAGAGAGAUGGAAGCUGCAAAGAUUCCCCCAAUAAGCUGUCUCACGUUGGGGAUAAGAGCUGCUCCAGUCACUCGAGCAGCAACACCCUCUCCAGCAACACCUCCAGCAACAGCGACGACAAGCACUUUGGGUCGGAGGACCUGAUGGACCCCGAGCUGCUGGGGCUGACCUACAUCAAAGGCGCAUCCACCGACAGCGGCAUUGACACCGCGCCGUGCCUACCGGCCACCAUGCUCGGGCCCGUGCACCUGACAGGCAGCAGGUCCCUGCUGCACGGCCGGUCGGAGCAGUGGGCAGACGCUGCCGAUGUCCCGGCUGACAGCGAAAGCGCCAAGGCGUACGCGCUGCACGGCUACGCCUCUGCCAUCCCGGCCAGCGCGGCAGAGGGCAGCCUGGGCGACCUCAGCGAGAUCUCGUCUCACUCCAGUGGCUCUCAGCACUCAGGCAGCCCCUCCUCGCACUGCCCCAAGGGCACUGGCUCCCUGGACGGCUCCAGAGUCUACAUCGUGACUCACAGCAGUGGGCAGCAGCUGCCCACAGCCACGGCGAAGCCUUACCACAGACAAGGAGCUGCAAACAAGUACAUCAUUGGCUGGAAGAAGGCAGAAGACAGCCCACCACCUGAGGAAGCCGAGGUGACUGAGUGCCCGAGCAGAAUGUAUGGCGAGUUGGACCUCAUGUCCACAGUGGCACAGCAUCCGGCCGUGGGAGAUGCUGUCCCGGAGACUCAGCAUGUCCUGUCCAAAGACGACUUUCUCAAGUUGAUGCUCCCUGACAGCCCCUUGGUGGAGGAGGGGAGACGAAAGUUCUCGUUCUAUGGGAACCUGUCUCCUCGGAGGUCGCUGUACCGAACGCUGUCGGACGAGAGCGUGUGUAGCACCCGCCGGGGCUCCUCCUUCGCCAGCUCCCGGAGCUCCAUCCUGGACCAGGCCCUGCCCAACGACAUCUUGUUCAGCAGCACCCCGCCCUACCACAGCACGCUGCCUCCCAGGACCCACCCUGCGCCCAGCAUGGGGAGCCUCCGGACCGAGUUCUGGUUCUCCGACGGGUCCUUAUCGGAUAAGUCCAAGUGUGCCGAUCCUGGCCUGAUGCCGCUGCCAGACACAGCUGCAGGGCUAGACUGGUCCCACCUCGUGGACGCUGCGCGCGCAUUUGAAGGUCUUGACUCAGAGGACGAGCUCGGGCUUCUCUGUCACCACGCCUCCUACCUAGACCAAGGGGUGGCAUCUUUCUGUACCCUCACCGACCUCCAGCAUGGACAAGAACUGGAAGGGGCCCCCGAGCUGUCCUUGUGUGUGGACCCCACCAGCGGCAAGGAGUUCAUGGAGACAGCUGGGGAUCGGUCGCCGUCCACGCUGACCGGGAAAGUCAACCAGCUGGAGCUGAUUCUCCGCCAGCUGCAGACUGACCUGAGGAAGGAGAAGCAGGACAAGGCAGUACUGCAGGCUGAAGUCCAGCACCUACGGCAGGACAACAUGAGGCUGCAGGAGGAGUCGCAGACGGCCACGGCGCAACUGCGCAAGUUCACCGAGUGGUUCUUCAGCAGCAUCGACAAGAAGGCCUGACCAGCUCCUCACUGGCAGAGGACUCCCGCCAGCCCGCCCUCCCGCCUGCGGUCCCUUCCCAGCCGGCCAUGCACUUCACGCGUGCUCUCACCACCCGUAGGUAGCCAUCUCUGUCUGUCUGUCUCACUUCUCGCCCCAGCAGGACAGGGCAGGGCCUGGACUCCUGGGUAGCUACAGCAGAGCGUGAAUGUACCUCCUGGCAAAUGCUGACUGAAAGGUCAGCUGCAGCUGAAAGGUCCCCGACAAUGUCUGGCCUCGGCUUUUCUCCGGAGAGAGCUGGGUGUCGCCUUCAGCAGGCGCCCUGCCGAGACACCCGGCCAGAGCUCGGGGGCAGGGCUGUGUGGAGGCGGAAAGGCGGGCGCGCUUUCAUGUUAAAGGUGCUCUAUUUUUUUGGACGUGCAGUAGUUUUCUGUCCACAGCCACAUUUCCAUAGCAAUAAGAAGGUGCAGCGAGUGGCCUGCAGCGCUCUGUGGAGAGGAGCCCUGGAGUCUAACACUAGCUUGAGUGCUGUUGCCCUAGAGACGUAUUUAUUCGCAGGAACAAACCGUGCCUGGAUCUUAACAGUGUUCUGAGUUUUUAAAGAGAUACAUAUGCCUGUGAAUGGCCAGACUGUCCGUGGUCACUUCAGUGCGCAGGUCACUUUCUUGUAGUUACUCUGCUGAGGACAGAGUCCGUCUGCCUUCCCCACUAGAACCCCGAUGCUGAGGGCCGGUGGGUCCCGUGUGCAACCAGAUCUGUUAGUCUGUACAGAAGCUGACAAAGUGUCCUGUAUUUAACACUCUUAUUUAAGCUUAUUUAACCCUGACCUGUUGAUUUUCUCUGGUUUGAUUCACCCACUUCAGUUGGGAGGCGGAGGCAGGCAGUGACUGAGCCCCGGGGACAGACGGGCGCCGGGGCCAAGCGUUGUUUGUUUGCUUUUCCACUUCUAACUGUUGUAUUUAUGAGGAACAUACAUUUUGCUUUUUUAAUAAAUGUUGAAAAGACGCCGA